GACGCAGCAGAGAGCGGCGAGGCGCUCCAGGCGCUCGCUGCAGCCCCUCCUCUCCCCUGAGCGGCUGUACAAUCCUCGGCAGUGUCCUGAGACUGUAUGGUCAGCUCAGGGGCGGCUCGGCCGGGAUCGCAGCCCGAGCGGAUCGACUCCUCCUCCUCCUCGCCUCCUCCUCCUGCUGCUGCUGAGCCCGCGCCUGAUCCGGCGGCCUCUUAUCGCCUCGGCAGGCUUGCGGGGGAACGCGCGUCGAGGAAACCUUGCCCGGCGUCGCGAGCGCACCGGAGGCACAGGCGCGCGGGGGCGGCCCGACGGACGGACGGACAGACGGAGAGCUAGUUACCCGGCCCAGCCCUGCCCUGCACCUAUCAAAGGCCUCCAGGGACCUUCCCGCCCACCCGAGCCAGGCCCCCUGCCUGGAUCUCCGGACGCCCGGGCUGCCCUUCGCCAAGCUAGACGCCCACGGCGAGACCUUCUCCUCUCUAGCCUUCUACUUGGGGUUAAGCAGCCGGCCCGGACGCGGCAAGAACAGGCGCAGCAGCAGCUUCGCUCAGGAUGACAGCUGAGAAGGAAAAGAAGAGUGACCAAUCAGCUGCCCCAGUGGGAAGUCCACAACCAGGAUACGAGUUCGACAGCACCUUCCCAGGUCCCCAUCAGCUGGUGAGCAGUUCUGAAAGGAGGAAGGAGAAAUCACGGGAUGCGGCACGGUGCAGAAGGAGCAAAGAGACCGAAGUGUUCUAUGAGCUGGCCCAUGAACUACCGUUGCCUCACAACAUUAGCUCUCGUCUGGACAAGGCAUCGAUAAUGCGUCUCGCAAUCAGUUUCUUACGGACACACAAGCUUUUGGCUUCAGUUUGCACUGACAACGAGAAAGAAAUUGAGACUGAUCAGCAGAUGGAUAACUUGUACCUGAAAGCUUUGGAGGGAUUUAUCACUGUCAUCACACAGGAUGGAGACAUGAUCUUUCUGUCAGAGAACAUCAGCAAAUAUAUGGGCUUGACGCAGGUGGAGUUGACUGGGCACAGCAUUUUUGACUUCACACACCCAUGUGAUCAUGAGGAAAUUCGAGAAAACCUCAGUUUGAAAAAUGGUCCAGGCUUUGGGAAAAAAAAUAAAGAGAUGUCCAUGGAGCGUGACUUUUUCAUGAGAAUGAAAUGCACAGUGACCAAUAGAGGAAGAACUGUAAAUCUCAAAUCUGCCACAUGGAAGGUUUUGCACUGCACUGGACAAAUCAAGGUCUAUAAUACAUGCCCUCCUCAUGCACUGUGUGGCUAUAAGGAACCCCUUUUAUCCUGUCUUAUAUUAAUGUGUGAGCCUAUUCAACAUCCUUCCAAUACUGACAUCCCACUGGACAGUAAGACAUUCCUAAGCCGUCAUAGUAUGGACAUGAAAUUCACCUACUGUGAUGACAGGAUAACUGAGUUAGUUGGAUUCCAUCCUGAGGAACUGCUGGGCCGUUCUGCCUAUGAAUUCUACCAUGCAUUGGACUCUGAGAAUAUGACCAAAAGCCAUCAGAACUUGUGUACAAAAGGUCAGGUAGUCACUGGACAGUACCGCAUGCUUGCCAAGCAUGGAGGAUAUGUGUGGCUGGAAACUCAAGGAACAGUCAUCUACAACACACGCAACCUGCAGCCUCAGUGCAUCAUUUGUGUCAACUAUGUUCUGAGUGAAAUCGAGAACAACGAGAUUGUGUUCUCCAUGGAUCAGACGGAAUCACUGUUUAAGCCUCGCAUGAUGGCCAUGAAUUCUGUGUUUGACAAUGGCGUCCCCGUGGCAGAUAAGAGCGAUUUCUUGUUCACCAAGCUGAAAGAAGAACCAGAAGAACUUGCUCAGCUGGCCCCAACACCAGGCGAUGCUAUUAUAUCACUUGACUUUGGGACACAAAACUUUGAGGAAAUCUCUACCUACAACAAAACUGUGAUGACCCCAAACAAGCCGUGGCCUACGGAAGCAAAGAACCAGGUUCCCCAGCCUGAAAAGAUGAGUGUGCCAUCGUUUACACUGCCCCAGGUUGCCUCUGGUAACAGCACCCCCAGUGCAAGCAGCAUCAGCAGCUGUUCCACUCCAAGUAGCCCAGGGGACUAUUACACUUCCUUAGAUGAAGACCUGAAGAUUGAGAUGAUAGAGAAACUCUUUGCCAUGGAUACAGAUGCCAAGAACCAGUGCAACUCACAGACGGACUUCAACGAGUUGGACCUUGAAACACUGGCUCCUUAUAUCCCCAUGGAUGGAGAAGACUUCCAGCUCAGCCCCAUCUGUCAAGAAGAACGUCCUCUGGCGGAAAGUGCCCAACUGACCCAACAGAGCUUAAGCCACAUGAGCAGCCUCUUCCAGCCUCUCGCUCCUCCCGCACAGAGCCAGUUCCUGCCAGAAAAAUAUUGUCAGCCGCUGCCUGACAAGAAUGUGAACACGGGCCAGAGGACUCUGCCACCAGCGUUCCUGAACCGCGAGAGCCGGUCAGCCUCCCUGCUGCCUUACUACGCGCAAGCCAGCACCCCACUGUCUUCGAUGGGUGGCAGACCAAACACACAGUGGCCACCUGACCCACCUUUACAGUAUGUCCCUGCCAGAUGGAGAACGGUCAACAAUAAAUGCCCUGGGUCAUUAGCUAGCUCUGCACUGCAUUUGCCUAAAGCGAACUUAUAUAAGAAAAGGUCCCUGGAGAGCUUUGGACAGCGGGGCAUAGACGUCAACCCUGCACGGCUUGCUCUUGCCAACAGUUUGAAGCUGAAGCGGCAGCUUGACUAUGAAGAGCAGGCGUUUCAACACCUGAAUGGGAUGCAAGGAGACACAUCUGGCAUUAAUCCAACACACUUAAUGUGGAAAAGAAUGAAAAUUCUCCGAGGUGAAAAUUGUGCGUUGCUUACAGAGAAGUCACUCAGCACAAGUGCCCUUAAUGAUGAGUUUCUUUGUAACCCACAAAGGGGCUCAGGUCAACCAGUGAACACAGCGCUGCAGCAGCAUCCGCUGCUCUCCUCUGGGAAUUCUGCCAGUAACCCGAGAGCUGUGUUCUCCCCCCACUUUUGCAGUCCCCCAUAUCAGGAUGUCGGUGUGCCACAAGCUCAUCGGAUGUCAGGCAUGACGAGUCGUCUGCUCGGAUCCACCUUGGAACCCUAUUUGUUGCCGGAACUGACCCGAUAUGACUGUGAGGUCAACGUCCCAGUGCUGGGCAGCUCAACCCUUCUGCAGGGAAGCGAUUUGCUUCGAGCUCUUGACCAAGCCACUUGAGCAGAGCCUGCAGUGUCCCCUCACCUCUCCUGUUCAAACCAGCCGCAGUUUUUAAGCCUAUUUUUGCAAGUAGACAAUUUCUAAUACUGAUUACACUUUUGCAAAAUUUUACUUAUCUAUUGAACUUGUCCACAUUACCAAAUAGUGGCCUUUCUGUGAAGUUACUCACUUUCUUAUUCAUAUUAAAAGAAAUAUGCAUCUACUGUAUUUUUCCUUUCUAUUUUGAUGAAGUGUUCCUUAGAAAUUUCAUAUUAUAUGUUUCCCCUCCACUAUGUGUAAUUUAUAUGUUCUGAACCUUCCUCAAUAUUCAUGCUAAUAAUAAUAAAAAGCUGUGGUCUGCUAAUGGCUCUAUGUAAUGCUUUGGCUCCAUUUAUUGCUAAGAUUUGUCCCUUUUGCCAAAGAUAAGAGAACUUCAUACAUCUUUUUCCUAACCACAGUCAGCACUGCCAUGUUCAGAUACAAUAUAGUUACUGCCUAUCCUCUGUUUCUCUGCAUGCCCUAGUAUGAAAUCCUUUGCAGGUUUUAAUCUCUUAAAACAUUCUGAAUUCCACACCUCAACACACGCAGUGCAGCAUGCCAUGAGUUCACUGCAGUCCCUGGGCAGGUUGCAGAUGACCGCUUUUUGGUUUACAAUUGAGUCAUGAAUUAAGACUUGAUCCUCUCUGAGGAGGGCCGUCUGACUCUACAAGUAAUCCAAACAGUAGCUUAGGAUCACGAUAUUCUUUUUUUAGAAUGGACCGUGUGAUCUGCGGGAGAUCUGAGCAUACCGCUCUAACAUCUUCUGUGACAUUGCAAAUGUCUUUGUAUGCACUUCUGCAAUCAGGCAGCGAUACUGCCAGACUUAACAAAUGCCACAACAAAUACCCUAUUUGAGACUUGGUGGGAUUUUUUUCUUCCAUAUGGAAAAGCCAAAGCUAUUGGGUAAAUAACUCAAUGUUUUAGCAAUAUCAAGGUGCCUUCCCCAACAGACUUUACCCAAUGCUUAAGAUAAGCUCGAUGUUCCCCUGGUUAAACAGGUGGGAUAGUUGCUGCCAUCCUAGAGGUAGAACAAGGCUCUGCAAAAGAUUCCAAGAUGAAGGAAUUCCAGGGUCACUUAUGUCAGUGUCACCCUCCUUACAACCUUUCUAGGUUAGGCAGGAAGUUGAGAGUGUAUCAGAAUGAAUUACUGCACAAUUAGAACUAAACAGAGGGAAUUCAGCAUAUCUGUGUUUUAAUUCUCCACUGUUGUUUGUUGUUGAUGUUGUUGUUACACAAAGCAUAAUUGAUUCUUUGAUACUUUCCUUUGGAUUAAAUGUUUAUCAUAUAUUGGUACUUUGUUAUACCUGUUAAGACAUAGAUGCAGAACCAUGAACCUUUGUUAGAAAAUGUUUUACUGCAAUCUUUUAGCUUUCUUAUGUUGUUGCUGAUAUUGCAAGACUUGUCCAAAGGCUGUCGCUAACGCUGCUAAUUGCCCAUUUUCAUUGGAUUUUUCCCCAACUAACUAGCCACAUCCUCUGUACUACUGAAUUUUGCUGAGAAAUAAAUGUAGUUGCUUGCCUACUUUUUAAUUUUUAAAACCAAUAUUAUAGAUCUCUGGAGCAGUUGAGUGGGAAGGCGUUGGUCUUUUGAUUUCCUUUUAAUUGUUGAUAGCCUUUCAAGUGCAAAAAAUAUUUCAAAGGGCAAUCUGUACUUGCAUAAACACUAUUUAAAAAAACAAACAAAACAUGUUGGUGCUCAGGAAUUUAUUUAAAUAGAAGGAGUCAAUGUCAUUCCGUGCAAAUCCUGCUUGCCUUUGCUGGGCAAAUGGGCACACUUGUAUAUUCAAUCCAGCAAUAAUAUAAACUCAAGGAAGGGGUGCAGAUUUUAAAAUAUUUGUUGAAGCAGUGUGAUGGAGAAGGACAGGCGGGCCAAGGGGCAGGUCUGGGGCAACAGAGUCAGUGGCGAUGCCAAACUUGAUGCUAAAAUUGUAUCUACCUAGACGAUUACCUGAAUGCAAAUCAGCAUAGAUUUAUAAAAAGUCAUGGACUCUCUUAAAAACUGCUGCCACUCCCAUUUUAUACUUAAGCUAUCCCAGCCCCUAUGCCCAUCAUCCCCUCCAGCAUGGCCACUGGAAGCUGUAGUCCAAACCAUCUGGAAAGCGCCAAGGUGAGAAAGGCUGCUCGCAGCUCACCUGUCCCACCAGUCCUAUGUGCUUGCAUGGGACUUGAGCACAGACUUUUUCUAUAGUUUCCUGGGGGCAGCUUCAGACCUACAAACAUUUAUGUUGCCCGAUCCAUAUCAUAUAUAAAGGAGCGCAAGGAUUUUGGUUCAUUGCAGCAAGUAAAACAGCAUGCUUGGUUCUGUACUAAGGAUCUUGAUUUUUCUAAAGCCAUGCUAGAUUGCUCAGUAAGUUGCUUAACUAAAGUUGCAGGAGCAUAGGCAUUGCUUGUGCACCAUCAGGUUCCCUGUCUGCUUCAUGGAGCAGUGUACCUCUGCACAUGCAUCCCUUUGCAAAUGUGGAUGGCGUGCUGGAGCAAACAGGAGGAUACUGAGAGUUCCGGAAUGGACCUCUGGAUGAUGAACUGGAUGCUGAUUCCAAGUGCCGGUUCGGACACAAUGCCCAGGAUCCAGUCAAAAUGAAACACUUGAAAUUCGAGCUGAUUUCAGUGGGAGAGGGUACCGGUGGUGCUUCACCCACUCGCACAGAACAUUAAUGGGGAUGUAAAGUGCUUAACUUUCAGUGUGCUCUGCUUGAUGACUGGAAAGCAUGAGGUGUCCUCCAGGACAGGUUUGCAUAGCUCAUGGGAAUUAAUUAAUCUGUGAGGAGGCACUGCAUGUAUCAGACACGUGUGAGUGACAAUUGGAAUAUGCACCCCUGGAGGUGGGAAUGCCUCCUCAUGUUACCCAGCCACCAAGUGUUAUGCGAGGGUUAUGUAACCCUCACAUAACCCUACAACAAGCCAUGGGCCCAGCAAUGAGCCCUGCAUGUAAACCAGGUAAAUACCAUGCAAAUCAUCACUUAGAGGAAAAUAGGCUGUUUAAAGACCUUUCCCACUCUUCUUUGGAUUUUGGCUUAAUAUUUGUUCAUGAUGGAGGAAAAAAGGAAAGAAAAAUCAGAAUGGAUUUGAAGCCUGCAUUUUGGCAUCCAUUUCAGACAUAACGCAACCUGUUCAGAUGAUGAAUUUCCCCAAUGUAUAAAACUUCGCACACAGCAAAUGCUUCCAGCUCCUGCAUUUUGUCAUCUCCCAGCCAUCCACAGGCACUGCUACCCAGUGGGUGGUCCUUCCUAAAGAAGGGACCUUGUACAAGUCCUCCUCUCAAGUGGUUUUCCUGGGUUCCUUCCCUGUGAUGGGCGCCAGGAUUUGAGAUUGCAGCAGCAACAGGCAAACCCUCCCAAGAAGCCCUGAUCCGGUAGGGAUAAGUCUUUAAAGCUGCACUCUGUUGCAGUGGAAUGAAAUGGCAGGGCACCUGGCCAGGGGUUUGUCCUCACUGAGGCUGCAAUCCUAUACCCACAGACCUGGGACUGUGCCUUCGGAAGCCCUUUGGGCUUGCUUUUGAGGAGACACAGAUAGGGUUGGGUGCUUAGGAGUCUGCCUCCGCGUGCAUCGUCCAGGAGAAUUAUGAAGGCAACUCUCUUGAUUUGGAAGCAUUACACUGAUUGAGCACUUCUAAGCAUGCAAAUUUUUAAGCUCUCUAUAACACAUUUUAAAGUGCAGGGUGGGGUGGUGGGAGGGAUAAAAGGUUUUCUAUAAGAAAUAUUUUUUAAGCAAAACAUUAAAGUCUUUGAUGUGUUAACACAGGGGUGGGGAAAGUCUGACCUCUGUAUGUUGUUGGACUACAAUGCCCAUCUUCCUUCAGCACCAAACUCCCAUCAUCCCAUCACUACCCCCAUCUUCCUGCAUCUGCAGCUAGUCCUGCUAGCUGGGUCUGAUGGAAACUGUAGUCCAACAACACUCAUAUUCCCCAUCACUGCAUUAACUAAAGAAGUUGUUACAGCCAGGUGUGGGAGAUAAGGCUACAGUCUAGCCAGUGUUAAGCACAUGUGAAUGUAGCAAUCACCUUUUUCCAAAUGUGUGUUGGGACAGAGGAGCAUCCCUCAGAGAAGGCACAGCUGGGUGCAGCUUUCUGCCGAGUUUACAGGCAAUGGCAAAUCCUUUUGCUUUUGUAUAGCGCAUGCACUGGGCCUCCGGUGUGCUUAACUGUGGCCAGGCCAUGACUAGAGCUCGUAUGAUAAAAGUUAAAGCUGUGCUCUAGAAAGAAGCAUAGACGUAGAGCUGCGAUCCUUUCGGCACUGACUUGGGAGUAAGUGCCACUGCAUUCAGUGGGACCUAUUUCAGAGUAGCCAGGCAGAGGCUGCACUGCAACCAGGGCAGUGUUAGGCUGUCCACCUCAAGGGACGACUCUUGGAGGAAGCGGUCUGAAGCCUGUAGCUGCAGCAGAGCAAAUCUAAUUGUGGUCAUGAUGUGUGUGCUUGAAGGGUUAAUGACACUUAAAUAUCGCUUUCUAAUUUUUAUUCUUUAUUCAUUCAGCAUUAAGAUGUUUUACCCUAACCAUUUACUAAAACACACUGGGGAGGGAGGGGGUAAAAAAUCCAUGCUUAAAAUAUUAACCAUAAUUCUUGUCAUAAUUAUUUUAUGUUCUCUAUAUUGUUGAAUUCCGUAUUGAUAAUCGUGUAACUGUAUGGGAACUUUUAACGUGAUAAAGGAAAUGUAUUUUGACACUGAUACCUUAUUAAAGUAUACUGAUCCUUAAA